CGAUUGGAGAAGAGAACCAAGUACACAAAUCAAUCUUGUCAUGAAGCAUCAAAUCAGUGAGCUGUGAAGGAGCGUGGCUUCUAUGCAACAACAUUUCGAAGAAGAGAGAAUACGGAAGGAGAACCGCCUGAGACAUAAACAAGAAAAGGAGGAAGAGUUGAAGCUCGAAGAAGAGAUGCAGAUCCGUGAAGAGGAGGAACGAGCCAUCCGGGAAGAAAAAACACGAAAGAAGAAAGAAAAACGACGUCGUGAGGCGGAACAGAAAACGAAAUUGAAGAAGGACCUGAAUAUGCAGUUGGUAUUACGGUUCGGCGAGUUAGAGGAGAAAUUCGUCAACAAGAUGCGACAAGCGGUAGUGGAACUACAAAAACCUCCCAGUGGGAAAGGCAAGGUGGUACGGCAUGAGCCGGAGUACAGUGGCAGCAGUGGGGAAAGUGAAGCCAGUAUUACGCAGGAGUUAAGUGAAAGGACGGCGAAGUUGGUCAUUUCGGAGAAACGAAAGAGGGGACCGGAGAAAGCAGUUGGUAAUAGCCCGCCGAUGGAAUCGCCUGCUAAGCGAACACCUAAGCAAGGGCGGAAACCUGCCACUUACGCAGGAAGAAUGACCCAAGCGCGCACGAAGAUUAUCAAGUCGUCGGGAUCAGCCAAGCGGAAGACACUUGUUCGUAUGCCGUUGUCGGCAAGGAAGAAGAAGAUCUUGCCACUGAUCCCAAGGACUGUGACCCCCGACGCAAAAGGAGCACUUGCUCGUUACAAGUAUCGCAAUUUGAUGAUGAUGGAAUUGAAACAACUGGACGCCAGCGAACUGCAACGAAUAUGCCGAGAGAAAGGAGUUUCAUGUGACGGGAAAGUGGACACAAUUUUUGACAUCGCGGAUCAUCGCAUAUACCUACACUUCGGUGACGACCAAGCUCCAGGAGGAUUACCAAAGUCUAUCCGGAUCGAAGAUUCGGAGGCAGCAGGGCCUCCUGAGCAGGAAGACGAGGAAGUUACGAUCUAAUGGGACCUACGAGUGCCUCAGUUGUGGGCGAUUUGUCGAUUCAUUGCAAAAUGGAGAUGUGACGGAGGGGCGUCCGAUGCUCGGAUUGA